UUUAAGUCAAAUAUACAUACAAAUACGUAUGCUCAUUCCACACAGUAGUAUAUUAUCUGUUUCAAUAUUUGUUUAAAAUUAACUAAAAAUAUAUUUAGCUGCACAGUGCUGUAAAGUACGCAAUAAAAAGAAAACAUCGAUUACACCCAUUUAUCGGUAAUCGAACACAUGUGCGCUCCUCGUCAAGUUAAAUAACACUUGUAUUUCAACUUCUGUUUAGACUUAGACGUAAUUUUAGUAAAUUUUGUGUGAACAAUAAUAAAAAAAAUAAUUAAAUUAUUGAAUAAUAAUAAAUUUACCCAAAAAGAUGUCGAUGCGUGCAUUUGGUGUGCUGCUCAAGGCCCGUCAACUGAGUCGCCUCAGCCGGCAAGUAAAUUGCGUCGGCAGUUGGGCGCUGAACAAUCAACAAUUCCAAAAGCUGCCCACAGUGCUGCCACAACGUCGCCUGACAACUGCUGCCCAGGAAUCGCCGAGCGCUGAUAGACAUGAAUUUCAGGCAGAAACACGACAAUUACUCGAUAUUGUGGCUCGUUCCUUGUACUCGGAUCAUGAGGUCUUUGUCCGUGAGCUCAUCUCGAAUGCCAGCGAUGCACUGGAGAAGUUUCGCUAUACAGCGCUGAGCACGACCGGGGGCGAGCUGGCUGCGAAGGAUCGCCCACUGGAGAUUAGAAUUACAACGGAUAAACCGUUGAUGCAGUUGAUCAUACAGGACACGGGCAUUGGAAUGACACGCGAGGAACUAGUCAACAACCUGGGCACCAUUGCUCGCAGCGGCUCCAAAAAGUUUCUCGAGGAACUGAAGCAGAACCAGCAAGCGGCCCAGACCAGCUCCAAUAUAAUUGGUCAGUUUGGUGUUGGGUUCUAUUCCUCGUUUAUCGUUGCCCAGCGGGUUGAGGUCUACACGCGUGCUUCGACUCCUGAUGCGCCCGGGUUGCGCUGGUCCACAGAUGGCAGCGGCUCGUAUUUGAUUGAGGAAGUGCCCGAUGUGGAGCAUGGCACCAAGAUUGUGCUGCAUCUGAAGACCGAUUGCCGUGAGUAUGCGGAUGAGGAUCGCAUCCAGGCGGUGAUCAAGAAAUACAGCAAUUUUGUUGGCUCACCCAUUUUGCUGAACGGGAAGCAGGCGAAUGAGAUAAAGCCACUGUGGCUAAUGGAUCCCCAGAGCAUUAGCAGCGAGCAGCACAAUGAUUUCUAUCGUUUCAUCAGCAACAGUUUCGAUGCGCCUCGCUUCACGUUGCACUACAAUGCGGAUGUUCCGUUGAGCAUUCAUGCUCUCCUCUAUUUCCCGGAGGGUAAACCCGGACUCUUUGAGAUGUCGCGGGAUGGCAGCACUGGAGUCGCACUCUACACGCGCAAGGUGCUCAUCCAGUCGAAGACGGAGAAUUUGUUGCCCAAGUGGCUGAGAUUUGUCAAGGGUGUUGUGGACUCGGAGGAUAUACCAUUGAAUCUCAGCCGUGAGCUGUUGCAGAAUAAUAGCUUGAUCCGGAAAUUGUCGAGUGUGAUUACGAGUCGUGUGAUUCGCUUCCUGCAGGAGCGUGCCAAGAAACAGCCCGAGGAAUAUGCAGCAUUCUAUCGGGAUUAUGGCCUGUUCCUCAAGGAGGGCAUCGUCACUUCCACGGACAGCGCCGAGAAAGAGGAGAUUUCCAAGCUGUUGCGCUUCGAGUCAUCCAAAUCGGAAACGGAACGCAUCUCCUUGGAUGACUACUACACAUCGGUUAGCGCCGACCAGAAGGAUAUCUACUAUCUGGCGGCACCGAAUCGUGUACUCGCCGAAUCCUCGCCAUAUUACGAGAGCCUGAAGAAGCGCAAUGAGCUUGUGCUCUUCUGCUAUGAGCCAUAUGAUGAACUUGUCCUAAUGCAGCUGGGUCAGUUCAAGAGCAAGAAACUCGUCUCUGUGGAGAAGGAGAUGCGCAAUCAGUCACAGGAUCCGGCUGCUCUCCAGGACUAUGGCGAGGGUAGUCUGUUGAGCAGCGAACUGGAUAGCCUGAUACCCUGGCUGCAAGAUCAGCUCAAGGGUCAGGUGGCCAAGGUGAAGGUCACUUCGCGCCUGGACACCCAUCCCUGUGUCAUCACCGUGGAGGAAAUGGCAGCCGCUCGUCAUUUUAUACGCACCCAAAGCCAUCAGUUGCCGGAAGAGAAUCGUUUUGCACUGCUGCAACCGGAGCUGGAAAUCAAUCCCAAACAUCCCAUCAUCAAGAAGCUGCAUUCCCUGCGCACGAGCGAACCUGAAUUGGCCUUGCUCAUCACCAAGCAGCUGUUUGCCAAUGCGAUGGUUGGCGCCGGUCUCGCUGAGGAUCCACGCAUGCUACUCACCAAUAUGAACACACUGUUAUCGAAAGCUUUAGAAAAAUACUAAACUAACACUGAUUAUAUUCAAAUUAUAAAUAUUUAGAAUACAAAUACCAACAAAAGCA